AUGUCCUCCAGUGGUUUCUUCUCCUACAAAAUGAAGAAGAGGCACAUGUUUCUACAUCUGAACGGCGGAUGUUUUGGGAAGGCGUCACGCCAUGUUUUUCCCCACAGCUUGAAAAAACAGCCGCUGCUGCUGCUGGCGCUGCCCGCCUGCCUGGCGCGGCCCGUCUACACCAACCACUGGGCCGUGCGGGUGCCGGGCGGCCCGGGCGAGGCGGCGAGGCUGGCGGCCGCCUACGGCUACGGCAACCUGGGCCAGAUUGGGAGCUUGGAGAAUUAUUACCACUUUCACCACAGCAAGACGUUCAAGCGGUCGACGGUCGGCAGCAGAGGCCCACACACCUUCCUCCGGAUGGAUCCCAAGGUGAAAUGGAUACAACAGCAGGAAGUGAAGAGACGAGUUAAGAGGCACGUGCGAAGUGACCCACAUCUCCCAGACUUCGAUGACCCCAUGUGGCCAAGUAUGUGGUACUUGCACUGCGGGGACAAGAGCAGUCGCUGCAGGUCAGAUAUGAACAUCCUAGGAGCCUGGCAAAGAGGCUACACCGGUAAGAAUGUCGUAGUGACCAUCCUGGAUGAUGGCAUUGAGAAAAAUCACCCGGAUCUUGUACAAAACUACGAUCCUCUGGCAAGUUACGACGUCAACGGGAAUGACAACGACCCAAGCCCACGCUAUGAGGCCAGCAAUGAGAACAAGCAUGGCACCCGCUGCGCGGGAGAAGUCGCAGCUUCCGCAAACAACUCCCAUUGCAUCGUGGGCAUAGCGUACAACGCAAAGAUUGGAGGCAUUCGUAUGUUAGAUGGAGAUGUAACAGAUGUUGUUGAAGCGAAGUCGCUUGGCAUCAGACCCGAUCACAUUGACAUUUACAGCGCGAGCUGGGGGCCAGAUGAUGAUGGGAAGACAGUUGAUGGACCCGGUCCGUUGGCCAGACAGGCUUUUGAGCAUGGCAUUAAAAAGGGCCGUAAAGGACUGGGCUCCAUUUUCAUCUGGGCAUCAGGAAACGGUGGCAGAGAAGGAGAUUACUGCUCGUGCGAUGGUUACACUAACAGCAUCUACACCAUCUCCAUCAGCAGCACAACUGAGAAUGGUCAAAAGCCCUGGUACCUGGAGGAAUGCGCUUCAACCCUGGCUACCACCUACAGUAGUGGAGCUUUCUACGAUCGGAAAAUUGUUACCACGGACUUAAGGCACCGCUGCACAGAUGGCCACACGGGAACCUCCGUCUCUGCACCCAUGGUCGCAGGCAUCAUCGCCUUGGCCUUAGAAGCAAACCCUUUACUGACCUGGAGAGAUGUUCAGCAUCUGAUUGUUCGAACGUCCCGGCCGGUACAUCUGAAAGCACUUGACUGGAAAACAAAUGGAGCAGGACACAAAGUUAGCCAUCUAUAUGGAUUCGGCCUGGUUAAUGCAGAAGCGAUUGUAUUAGAAGCAAAGAAAUGGAAAGCAGUACCUCCCCAGCAUCUCUGCAUUGGCAGCUCAGAUAGAAAAACCAAGUACAUCCGCCCCAACCAGCCAGUGCGCGCCACCACGCUGACCAGUGCCUGCGCCGACCACCCUGACCAGCGCGUGAUGUACCUGGAGCACGUUGUUGUGAGAAUCAGCAUCUCCCACCCUCGCCGUGGGGACCUGCAGAUCAAUCUCAUUUCUCCCUCAGGGACCAGGUCUCAGCUCCUGGCACCAAGAGCGUUCGAUAAUUCUAACGAAGGAUUUAGACACUGGGAGUUCAUGACUGUCCACUGCUGGGGGGAGAGAGCCGAGGGGGAAUGGACUAUGGAGGUCCGCGACAUGCCGUCGCAAGUGCGCCACCCUGCUCAUCAAGGGAAGUUAAAGGAAUGGACCCUCUUUUUGUAUGGCACGGCUGAGCACCCGUACAACACCUUUGGCUCCCAUCACUCCCGAUCAAGGACGAUGAAAAUGUCCAACUCGGAAAUGGAGUCCUCCAAAGUGUCGUUCUUCCAGAGUCAGGUGGAGGUGGUGGAGGAAGAAGAAGAAUACGCAGGUCCAUGUCAUCCUGAAUGUGGCGACCAAGGAUGCGAUGGUCCUAAGGCAGAUCAGUGCUUGAACUGCAUCCAUUACAGCCUAGGAAGUGCUAAAACUGGCAGGAUGUGUGUGAACUCUUGCCCUUCAGGGUUUUUUGGGGACGACACAGGAAGAAGGUGCCGGAGGUGCUUCAAAGGGUGUGAAAACUGCAUGGGCAGGGGCCAGACUCAGUGCACGACUUGCAGGCGUGGCUAUUACCACCAUCAGGAAACGAACACGUGUGCGAUGCUAUGUCCAGCUGGGUUUUACUCAGAGGAACGUCAGAAGCGCUGUCUCAAAUGUCAUCAAAGCUGCAGAAAAUGCAUUGGCCACCCCGAUAAAUGUACUGCGUGCAAGGAUGGAUUCAGCCUGUCAGGAGACAGCUGCGUCCCAGAAUGCCAGCCCGGCAUGUACCUCAGCAGAGAGGCCAGGAAGUGCGAGGGGUGCCAGGCCAGCUGCCAGACAUGUGCAGAGCCAGGCAAAGAGGAAUGCGUGCCAUGUGCCAAAGACUUACCCUUGCACGAGUGGCAAUGUGUCCCUGCCUGCCGGGAGGGGUUUUACCCUGAAGAGAUGAACGGCAUCCCUCAGAAACUCUGCAAAAGGUGUGACAGCAGCUGCUCAGUCUGUGAAGGUUCGGUGGGGAACUGUGUCAAGUGUAAGGAAGGUUUCAGCCUGCUCCGGGGUUCAUGCGUGACCAAUGAAACCUGCAUCAAUGCUGACAAGAAUUUCUGCGAGGUGGGGAAAUCCAGCAAGCUCUGUGAGAAGAAGCUGUUUGUACUGUUUUGCUGUCAGACGUGUCUCAUGGCUGGAUAGAGCUCAGCAUCUGCCUCCAGGAGCUCCUCCGUCCUGCAAGUCCAAUUUUGCCAAACCUUGAGGACUAAAGUUUAUUUUUACAGCUUGGGCAGAGUUUACAGGGUACCGUCCAGCAUCUGCUCCUGAGUUUGACAGCUUUAAUAUCACUGUCCAUUGGUUUCUAUAGCAAUAUGUGUAGUAGCAUCUGGUCUGGGUAAGAUCAUGUUCUUAAUCAUUAAGUCUUAAAAGAUACUAAACAAAUGGUGAUAUUAAUACUCUCAAAUACUUCUUGUGAAUGGGGACUGAUGUGGGAUCCAGAUGCCGAGGCCUGCUUCUUAGCACAAGUGCGUCUGAUUCAGCCUUUCAGAGUGUAUGGCAGGAGCUCACAGCUCAAAGGACACAGGUUUCUGUAGCUCAGAGAAGGAGAAGCCAUUUUUGGUUCAGUACUUUUAUGCUAGCUAGCACCUGAUAUAAGUCCUCAUUGCAAUAUUUUUAUGCUCUGUACAGAUAUAAAGUGAUGAAUUGGGUAAUCUGCUAGAUCAAAGCUCUAAAGCAAACUUAUUUGAGCUA